AUGACUGCGGCUGUGGUCCGGGGGGGUUGGCCUGGCUCUGUGGUGGUCCCGUGUUUGGGCUCGGCUAUCUCUGAACCUCGCUCUGAACCUCGCUCUUUCUCGUCCAGUAUUUGUUUGUGUUUGAGUGUGAAACGGCGGGCCCCUCUCCGCCUGCACCGCCGUUCGAUUGUGGUGAAGUCAUUUGUCGGAGUUAACGGAUGCCAUAUCGUAUCCUGUCGAGCGCCUGAGUCCACCGCAGCAGAGAGAGCUAUAUUUACUGGAUCUCAGAGGAUCUGCUCCUUCCACAGGAAAAGGUGUCAUGGUUUGAAAGGUGUGGGCACAGGGCAUUCCAGCCUCACUGGUGGUGGAAGCCACCCUGCUGCGGCGCUGCUGCUGGACACCAGGGUUCACUCUGAGAGCGGCGUGGGAAACACAAACACAACGUUCUGGAGAGAGCUGAAGAACCGACACGGGGAGAAGUCUGCGGGAGUGUGGUCCUCUCUGUCACUAGGGGGCAGUGUUGGGUCUGUACGGCUCAUGCAUGAAUGA